AUUUCAGGUCAAAUGGCUUUGAAAAAAAAACUUUUUUUUUUCUGACAAUAUCAAGUCUAUAAAUCCUUAAUUUGCUAUUACUUUGAGUAUAAAGGUAGAUUGACAAAAUAAAUUGUUUUGUAGAGUGGAAACAGUAUAGUAUGUCAGGAACCAGUCUGACAGACGAACAACAACCACAAGAGGUCACUGCAUCCGUUGUUUUGUCGAACAUUGAGAAAUACAUUAAUUUUAGUAUCAAACUUUUUAGUUUGAACGGAAAUUCAAACUUUCGAACUGUGGUUUGAAUAUUUCACAGAGAACAAACGAUGAUCCGUGGCUUGAUCUUGUUUCCAGAUAAGUCAAAUUAAAACCAGUGUUUUCUCCGUGGUCCAGCCAAUCGUUCUAAAUCUGAUCAGACUGAAUCAAAUCAAUAAAGAAAAUUACAAGAGAACAGUAUGUUACCGCUCUUAAAACGGUAGAAUUGCGUUCACAUGCACGUACGCGCACUCUCUCUUGCACACACACACACACGCCCCCACGCGGACACAAUUACGUCCUCUGCUAAAAUUAUAUCGCAUGCAAAUGAGAGCGCGCUCGUCGGAGGCAGCCGUGCGCGUAAAGACGCAACUCAGGUCUGCUGGAGUGUUGGAGUGAUGGGAUAACACACACACACACACAGUUAUCAUGCCCUAACAUCGGGCCAUGCCGUCUACCAGCUGGGAACGAAGCAGAGUCGAGGGUGGACAGACAGUGAACGCAGCAGCGGAGACAGGGACAGGCGGCGGUCGCCUCGUCUGCGCCCUGCAGAUGGAGAUGAUGACAGGCUCUAAAGUGGAGUGUGACGGACGGGUCGCGGGAUCCGCUGAAGUAUCGAUGCCCCUGUCAAUCACCGGCAAACGGGCAACCACGGAAGGAGAUUACCUGUACAGACUGCGGGACAGAAAGGUGUUACUGGAGGAUAAGAAGCGCCUGUGCGCACUGGCUCUGGGCACGGCUCUGCUGGGGAUUCUUCUCAUGAUCAUCCACGCAGAGAUAUGUCCCUAUGUUUACAAACCGGGCACAAACAUUGCCUUAAUCGUCAACUGUUCCAUCACCCUGUCCACAGUGUGUCUCAUCGUCCUCAUUAUAGCUUUCCACUACAAGGACAUUAGGCUCUUCAUCAACGACCACCACCAGGUGGACUGGCGAAUUGCCAUGACCAGUCACAGGUUUCUCGUGAUCACUCUGGAACUGCUGGUUUGCUCCAUCCACCCUAUUGGCACAUACUGGGAGCUGGGCCUCCAAGUCAACUCGUCUUCCUCAGCUCCGCUCUGCGCCACCAACAACCAGAACAGCUCUCUGUUGAACGUGGAGCUCCUGUUGUCCGUGCUCAUGUUCCUACGUUUGUACCUGGUGCACAGAGCCAUCCUCCUGCACAGUAAAGUGCUGCUCAGUGCCUCAUACAGGAGCAUCGGGUCGCUCAACAACGUCAACUUCACCUUCCGCUUUGUUCUCAAGGUUCUGAUGAACACACACCCCACACGCGCGCUCCUGGUCUUCAUCCUCUUCUUCUGGCUAACGGCAUCGUGGAUGCUAACUCUGUGUGAGAGACAGACCCAAGCAGCAACAGGUUACAUCGACACCUCUCUGUGGCUCAUAGCCAUCACCUUCCUCACAGUGGGCUAUGGAGAUGUAGCCCCCACCACCAGCUGUGGAAAGGUGGUGUGUCUCUUCACUGGAGUCAUGGGUGUAGCCUGCACCGCCAUGCUGGUGGCAGUCGUUACCAACAAGCUGGUUCUAAACAAAGGAGAGAAACACGUGCACUUCUUCAUGCUGGACAUCCAGAUCUCUAAGAGGAUCCGCCACGCUGCUGCAAAUGUGCUGAGGGCGUGCUGGCUGUUGCACCGCACUAACGUGACCAUGGCGAGCCGUGGAGAGCACAGACGACACCAGAGAUGUCUUCUAGAAGCCAUCAGAGUAUUUCGUCAUUUACGCUUUAAACAAAGACAACUGAGAGACUAUGUGAGUGAGAUGGUGGACCUCCCGAAGAUGCAGAUGAUCAUGAGUGAUCUGAGUGCCAACUGGAACAAUUCCUAUCGGGAGCUGGAGCAGCGUAUCGUUUCCAUGGAGCAGAAACUGGACGAGCUGAGUCGCUGCUUCCACCAAACCUCGGAGCUUCUGUCUCAGGUCCUACAUCAGCACAAUCCCGAAAUCAGAUGACAUGGCUCCACUCCGGGCACUUGGCUAUCUUCAACGUUUUCAAUCAUUCUCAAUGAAAGCGUGGCGUCUCCUCUCUGAUCCCUCAGCUGUUUUAGACUUAGAUUUUGUGCUGAACCACUUAGUGGACCAGCUUCAACCUACUAUUGAGCUCAUCUUUUUCACUGUUCUUAACUUAAAUUUUGACCUUUUUAGCAUAAUUGAAAAGGAAUCGCUGUAAAUAUUGUUGCAAUGUGAUGGGUUUUAUAUUGUGACCAAAUAGAAACCAAGUGGAGAUUCAUGUAACUGUCUUACAACUGUGGAGUUUUAUCUGUAUGUCUUUAAUUAUAAUUUAUAUUACAAGUUCUUUUCAGUCAAACGCUGAUCUAUUUGCUCAUUGGCUGUUCUUUCAUUGAUUCAUCAAAUACAGUCUCAAAAUUGAUUGAAUGUUUUUCGUAUACCGUUUAAUUGAAUAUAAUUCAGUGGGAAACAACAUGUUUUGGUUUUUCUGAUACACACAAAGAACAUGAUAAAAAUCAUUAUAGUCAACCCGCAGAACAAACGUGUAUUAAGUACCUUUAGCACUUCACUGAUGAUCAAAAAGAUGUCAAAACCAAUGUAAUAAUAUAAUAAUAACUCGACUAAAAUUAUGUCAGCAUUAAUAUAUGCAAACACUGCACACCUGUCAUCACGGCGAUCGGAGCAGGCUUUGUAAACGGUAAAACAGCUCCAUCUAGUGGAAUUUAAGGAACAUAAUAAAAAAAGAGCAAAUAUAAAAUACAAACCUAAGAAAAAAAUAGUCAAGGAUAGAAAAAAAAAUCACAG